CUCAAACAAAACUUAAAAAAAAAAAAAAAAAAAUAUAUAAACAUAAAAAAUAUUAAACAAAAAGAACAAAAAAAAUGGCAAAACUUUCAUUAGCAUUAGGUCUAUUGCUACUAUUAGCAUUAAGUGAGGUCUACGAAGUGCAAGGGUCGUUCUUAUUGAGGCAUUACAUGAGGAAAUUUCCCAGAAGGUCCAGAGACUUUCGGCCAUUCGCUUGCAGAGGUAUGUUGAAGUUCGUGGACGUUUUGGAGCUUAAGUGUCCAUUAAAGCCACAAUACAAGAGCUUCUUCGGAAACCUAAGGUCUUACAUGAACUUCAUAAACUCGGCAUCCGGGUCGAAAAACUUUGAUGCCGAGCUAAAAGGGAAAGCCCAGGGCCUCUUCUCAGCUAUGUCUGCAAUGAGUGGCAAAGGCGCCGCAUCGGCUGAUUCUAGCAAGGUUAUGGAUACAUUGCUGUCAAUGGGAAAGACAUUGGGCACCCAACAGCAGAGCGGUUCAUCGGUAAUGUCGCUUGGACAAAGGAAAGAGAUGAUCAUGUCUAUGGCGAAGUGGGCACAAACGAUUGGUCAAUUUGUUGUGAGUGCUGCAGCAAAGAGCGGAAACAAAAUUGAUAUCUCAUCUUUAGGAAUUGAUGGCAUUGAUGCUAGUGCUGCCGGAGCUGGAGAUUCUACUGCCAGUGGUGGAGUUUCUGCCACCGGAACUGGAAGUUAUGGCGCGGGAGCUGGAGGUUCUAGCGCUUCUGGCUCAGAUACCGCAGCUGGAGGCACUACCGCAACUGGAGGCACUACCGCAGCUGGAGGCUCUACGGCCGCUGGAGGCACUACUGCUAGUGGUGCUGGUACCGCAGGCUAUGGUGCCACAGCUGGAGGCGCUACCGCUAGUGGCGCUGGUACUGCAGCUGGAGGCACUACCGCUAGUGACGCUGGUACCGCAGCUGGAACUACCGCUAGUGGCGCUGGUACCGCAGCUGGAGGCACAACCGCAGCUGGGGCUGGUGCCGCAGCUGGGGCUGGUGCCGCAGCUGGGGCUGGUGCCGCAGCUGGAGGCACUACCGCCGCUGGCGGUGUAAGUGGAAGCUAUGGCAGUAGUGGAGGAAGUGCUUCGAACACCAAUGGUGGAACUAGUAGUUGCGGCACAAGUGCGUGUUCUAAUGGUGGUGGAGCCUCCUUUAAAGGUGCUAUGAACUUUCAAGGAAAGGCAUCCUCUCAGUCUCAACAAGCUGCAUCAUCCCAAACCUCUAAUGGCUCCAGUUAGAUAAGGGCCGACCUAGCAUAUAUAUAAACGUACGUAUUAAUAUUAUUUAAAUAAGAAGAUGGCCCUGCUAACAUAUUAAAGCAGCGAGCUGUAGAAUGUUUUGGCUUUAUGUAUCUAAGCCUUUUUCUAUAAUAUGAGAAUAUUUUGUGUUAACACAAGAUAUUGGUAAUUUAGUUUUGAUCAAACGGGUUCACGUACUUUUUCUUGACUGUUGUCUUGUGAUUUACAUCUCUGCAUAAAAGUGGUCUACGCAGCCCCAGCCCAACAAUAAUUAGAGCUUUAGGGCAAACCAAAUUUUUUGGACACUUACUAUAUCUUUUUCAUA